UCUCGCGCUGCAGGUCUCUCGCUCGGACGUAUUUGCGGUCGUUUACUAAAAUUUCUAUUUAUUUGCUCUCUGUUACGUUUCAUGUAAAAUAUUUACAAUUACUUAAAGGUAUUUUUAUGAAAUGUCGAACACAGUUUGAAAAUAAACCAAUGUUAAGGAAUGUUUGCGAGUAUUUUCGUGGUGAAUUUCUAGAGAGUUUUUACAUGAAAUGAUGGGAAGCAGGAUCAGCUGAAUCUCAAAGGAAGGACGAUUAUUUUUAACCAGAGGCCAAUGUUUAACGUAUUAUCAAUACUCAAGUGAAACUGCUACUGCUGAGACUCAGCGAUUCAUCAGAUACGGAGAAUGAAUGAAAGCAGCAGCGUUUGUUACAUUUCCAAUGAAGCUGAGAUGGAUGAAGAGGCGACGCUUUCAGACCAGGAAUCUGUCAGUUUACUGCAGGAUCUUCCUGCUUUCCAAAGCAGAUCAUCUGCUGCUUCAGGUUCUCAUGAGAUUAAAAACAAACUGGAGUUGAAUCAGCAGAAAAGAGGGAAACUGAAGUCCUGCACAGGUGAAAAGUCUGUGUCUUCAUCACGAUCAGCAAAAGUUCCAACUAAAAAGAUGCUUCACAAGAGAAAUGAGAAGGGAGAAACACUUCUUCACAAAGCUUGCCGGAGGAAAGAUCUGCCUCAAGUCAGGAUGCUCCUUCAGGCUGGAAUCAGCGUCAACAUGGAGGAUUAUGCAGGAUGGACACCUCUGCAUGAGGCCUGCAUUUCUGGAGACAAGUCUGUGGUGGAGGAGCUGCUGAGGGCUGGAGCUAACGUUAACGCUCGGAGCUGUGAGGGCGUCACGCCGCUGCAUGAUGCUGUUUAUGCUGGAAACCACCAGGUUGUGAAGCUCCUUCUUGAGAACGGAUCAAUCCCUGCUGACCAGAACGUUGGUGGAAAAAGUUUGUUGGACACGGCCAAGGACACGAGUAUGAAAGAGCUGCUCAUGAGUUUCCAAGCAUCCUGUGAAGGCCAGAGGAAGUCUAGCAAAGGGCCAACACGAUGCGAAGAACCAGUUGUGAGUGUUUCAGACGUUCAUCCAAGAGAAUCGGGUGACACAGGCAGAGAAUCUACUGAUGUUCAGCUGAAACGGAUAAAUAAUUUCUUCACAGUUCAGAGCAGUUCAGAGGUGGUUUCAGCGCUUCUGGAGGAUGCCAGGAGGAAACAAGCUGAAAUGUCAACUCUGCGUCUGAAAGAUCUCAAGAAUGUUGGGAGAUGCAAAGAAGUUUUGUUGCAGAUCCAAAACCUUCUGAUGGACAUUCUCACCAAGCAGCGUUUAGAGAAGAACAAUCUGACCCACAAAUUCAGGGUUGUGUCUCACCACCUUUGCCACCGAGUCCUGAAAAGUCAGUUCUUGUCUCUGGCUUCAAAUCAGAGACAUUUGGUGCAACUUCUACAAAAACAAAUGCAACUGGAAGCAGCUUUCACUACAGCAAAAGCUAAAAUUUCAGUUCAGUUCUUGAAUCAUCAAGUCAGCCUUGCUGUUCCCACUCUCCCUGACCUGCAGAGUGAGGAAGCCGGUAGCUGCAGAAACGGUCCACAAACCAGAGCCGCUUUGCAGUUUUUCUCUAAGAUGAAAGGAAAGAAUGCGUUGAUACAAAGACGGGCUAACGAUGAUGGUGGAGGUCUGCGUCAGCUCGUACAGAGCGGAGUGUUGCCCAAGGGCAGCGAUUUACAUCUGACAUUAAAGAAUAAGCAGCAUGUUGCGCAGGUUCUCUCUGGUGGUGUAAUAAUGAGCAAAGGGAAGUCGUAUCGGGCUCCAGAGUUCUGGCUGGAAUCCAUUCUUGGUAAUAACAUCCCUGUCACCUCCAUGUAUGCUCUGAACAAGGUGACUUUCAGAGACAAACCUUUGUCUUACUACCUGUUGAACUCAGAGACUGAACAAAAUCUGUCCGACAUCCGUCUUCCUGCCGACAAAGACGAUUCUACUGAACUGGAGCCGAGUUUAGAAUCAGUGGACCCAUAUCAGCUCUUAAGAAGAAUUCGUAUCAUCCGUUUGGUGACCCCUGAGGAGAUGAUUCCAAAUGCUCUGAUGGAUUUGUACUGGGACAAGCUCAUGAUGCAAGACCAAGUAGAGUUUGACAACUGGGAGCUUGAACUUUAGCUUUGUCUUUUUAAUAUUAGUUUUUUAUGAGCUCAACAUGGUAAGUCAUAUGACCUUGGUAGGGUUCUGUUUUAUUUUACAGUAAUAGUGAUUGUGUACUCAGUACAUAGAAGAAGGUGUUCCUGCUAAAUAGUCAAUUGCAAUUACUUUGUUAUACUUAGGGGAAAUGCCCAAAAAUGACAAGUUAUCAAAUAAAAGUGCUAGUAUAAUUUGUAUGUUAUGGAACGUUUAUUUACUUUUGCUGAUUAUUUUGUGCACACAAUUUUAAAUUUUUUAAAAGUAUUUCUCUUGAGAGGCUUUAAUUCAGCUUUUACGGAAAACCAGAAAGGUCAACAAAAAGCAAAAGUCACAACACAACAGCAAAAAGCCGCAUUGAAAGUUAUGCUGCCAGGUUAAGCAUAACUUCUGUUGUGGCUUUUGUUGUUGCAUUGUUGUUUUUGCCCUUUGCUGACCUUUGUUGACCUCUGUAUGUUUCAGUGAAUUCAAGACGUUUUCCACCGACUUAGAAUAACUCCAUCAGCUGAUGUACAUAAUUUACAUCUGCCUUCAUAUUUUCAUUAAAUUGAUGCUUUUAUUUCUUCCCCAUAUGUAAUUUUUUUGUUUCUCUUUUCCUCUUGUCAAAACCUACAAACUGUUAUUGAAAAAGGAGAGACGUGUUUGAUGCAGAGUGUUGCAUUACUAUGAUCUGUGUUGUUUGUGUUGUUAUUAUUGUGUAGAGAUACAGCAACACUGCAGCAGAAAAAA